CUUUGAUCGAUAUGUAUGCAAAGUGUGGGAAUGUUAGGGAUGCUCGUCUUGUCUUUGAUACUUUGAACGAGCGAGACUUAGUCUCAUGGAAUGCUAUGGUCUCUGGAUAUUCCAUGCAUGGUUUAGGUAGCGAGGCCCUGAAAAUAUUUGAGACGAUGCGAAGCAUGGAUAUCAAACCUAAUACCUUAACUUUUGUUGGCGUUCUUUCAGCAUGUAGUAACACUGGUUCAUUGGAUCUAGGAGAAAUGUACUUCUCCUCAAUGCGAGACCAUUAUGGUAUUGAACCUAGUGUAGAGCAUUAUACUUGCAUGGUGUCACUUUUAGGGCGAUUAGGUCAUCUUGACAGGGCGGUCAAAAUGAUCGAGGAGAUUCCAUUUGAGCCCAGCAUUAUGAUAUGGCGUGCUCUGCUUGGGGCAUGUGUUCUCCAUCAUAAUGUCGAACUUGGGAGAACUGCUGCAGAACGUGUUCUUGAGAUGGACCCACUAGAUAAUUCGACCUAUGUGUUAUUGUCUAACAUUUACGCCACUGCAAAGAAGUGGGGUAAUGUUUCGUUUGUCAGGAAAAGCAUGAAGAAGAAACAUAUAAAGAAGGAACCGGGACUAAGUUGGGUUGAAAACCAGGGAAUGGUUCAUUAUUUUUCUGUUGGAGAUGUUUCACAUCCUGAUAUUAAACUAAUUCAUGCAAUGCUGGAGUGGUUCAAUUUGAAAAGCAAGGCUGAUGGAUACGUUCCGAAUCUUGAUUCUGUUUUACUUGCUGUUGAGGAUGAUGAAAAGGCACAGCUUUUAUGGGUACAUAGUGAAAGGCUUGCUUUAGCUUUCGCUCUGAUUAGAACUCCGCAAAGUAGCCCAAUUCGUAUCAUUAAAAACCUCAAAAUAUGCAUGGACUGCCAUGCAGCAAUCAAAAUUAUUUCAGCCCUUGUGCACAGAGAAAUUAUUAUUAGAGAUAUAAACAGAUAUCAUCACUUCCAGGAUGGGAUUUGUUCUUGUGGUGAUUAUUGGUGAUACAGUCUGAUUUUGGCUUUUUAGCAGUCACUGGAUGCCUUAUUAAUCCAUUGUAUAAUUGAAGCUUGUGAGUUCAGCUUGAAGCUAGGAUUCUAGAUCUGGCUAUGUGCUGAAAGUGGUGGUGCAUGAAUGCUUUCAUAAGGCGCUAUGAAAACAUUGGUCAAAAUCUGGACGAUCACCUGAGUGGAGUGCUGUUCAUAUAAGCAAAAUGUUAUGAAAGUAUGAGGUGACAUAUUGCAAUGGCAGUAUGGCAGUCCAGUGGCACCGCGCCGUGAAACCCCACCAUAACAACACUGCUUUUCCUAUCCGGCUAAUUUGCAUGUUACAUUUUAUCGAUUGUACAACUGUACGCUGAGCUGUUAGGAGGCUUACUUUGACACUGCUUGGACAAUGAUAGAGUUACAUUCACUCAGAACUAACCUGAUAGGUCUUCAGAGCCUCUCCACCUCCGCCUUCUUCACUGGGUGAGGAUAUGAUAAAGAACAAGGAAAAACUGAUGUAGUGCAUUUGAGUCUCCCUUUCAUAGGAAAUUUCUGUUCAUUGAGUCUUUCUGUCCUCGAAUAUCUGUUUUGGGCUUGCAAUUUUCACAGUAAAUCUGCCUAACCUAAAAAUACAUGGCAUACAACCCCACAAAAAACACAACCUUAGCACUCCUUCAGGAUGACAGUCUAUUAGGCUUGGCAUGAAGUCAGCAAGUUAGCUGUCAAACCAUAUCAACUUAUUUCAUAUCUUUAAACUUAAAAAAGCCUAAAAAUCUAGGAUUUCUUUCAUUCCUUCCCAACUUGUAUUCUCUCUUUGUUUUUACUGAUUUCUAAUUUGAUUUUGCUUCAAUUUUCUUUGAUUUUUGAUAAAUUGGACGAACAACGAACACAAUUGCAUUGCAG